AUGGUCUCAAUCUUUCAGACAUUUCCGCUACUGCGGAGAGCAGCACCCAGACUAUCCAAGGAGUUCUUCGUCUGCAGUGUCCGUCCCGCUUCAACACGCGCCUCCCAACCUGUAUACAGAUCCGUCCGCCAGACCCCCUUCCUCCAGGCCUUCAGAUCUCAGACAACCCAUGCACACAGACCGGGCACGUCAACAGCACUGGGCAGGGAUGGCAGCUCCCCGCUGGGUGCAUUGAGCGGAACAAUUAGCUUGAAGAGCCCUGCGGCGAGGAAGGCCUUCUUCCCUGAGGCUAGCGACAAGGCAGUAGCAUAUUGGCUCUUUGGCAGCGCAGCAAGCGUCUUCGGCAUUGUUGUCUUCGGCGGCCUCACGAGGCUCACAGAGUCUGGUCUCAGUAUCACAGAAUGGCGUCCCGUCACCGGCUCCCUCCCCCCCACCACGCCCGAAAUGUGGAACUCCGAGUUUUCCAAAUACCGCUCCUCCCCCGAAUUCGCCCUCCUAAACCCCAACAUGACCCUCUCCGAGUUCAAGAAAAUCUACUGGAUGGAGUGGACGCACCGGCUCUGGGGCCGCGUCAUCGGCCUCACCUUCCUGAUCCCGACCAUCUACUUCAUCGCACGCCGCCGUGUCUCCGCUCCCAUGGCCCUCAAGCUGACCGGCAUAUGCGGCCUUAUCGGCUUUCAGGGCGUUAUCGGCUGGUGGAUGGUCAAGAGCGGGCUGCGCGAUGAUCUCUUUGCGCCAGGGAGCCAUCCGCGCGUGAGCCAAUACCGCCUGGCCACCCACCUCGGCGCGGCCUUCCUCGUGUAUUCCAGCAUGCUCCUCUCCGGGCUCUCCAUCCUGCGCGAGCGCGCGCUGCUCGCCGACCCCCAAGCCGGCCAAAAGCUGCUCGCAACCCUGCAGCACCCUAAACUCCGCCUCUUCCGCCGCUCCGUCGCCGGUCUGGCUGUGCUCGUCUUCACGACCGCCAUGUCUGGCGCCCUCGUCGCGGGGCUCGACGCAGGCCUCAUCUACAACGAGUUCCCGUACAUGGGCCUCGGUCUCACGCCCCCGAAAUCCGAGCUCUUCGACCCCUUCUACAGCCACGAGCCCGACCGGUCCGAUCUGUGGUGGCGCAACAUGACGGCGAACCCAUCGCUCGUGCAGCUCGACCACCGCAUCCUGGCCACCACGACUUUUACCGCCAUCAUGGCGCUGUGGGCGUAUAGUCGCUUCUCACCCCGCGUCCGGGCGGCGCUGCCGCUGAACGCGAAGAAGGGGGUCAGGGGCGUCGUGCAUUUGGCUUGGCUGCAGGUUACGCUGGGGAUUAGCACGUUGCUUUAUUUAGUGCCGACGUGGUUGGCGGCGGGCCAUCAGGCGGGGAGUUUGGCGCUGUUGACGGGGGUGUUGGUGUUGGGGAGUAGAGUGUGGGUGCCGAGACGGAUGACGAGGUUGUUGCAGAAACGGUUGGUGGUGGGGGAGAGUGCGCUCAGAGGUGGGAGUAGGAGGGGUGUGGGGUUGGGGGUUGGUGGUGCGGAGCAGAAGCGUGUGUGA